AUGUGGGAUCUUAUCAGCGCUUCUAGGGCUCGGAUCGUUAUCAAGCGCAUGCUGAAUUGGAGGGGCACAGAACUGGAUCGCGUCGACGGUACUGGCCCUUGCACUUUUCCAUGCGUGGCAUUCGUUUCUCUCAUCUGUUUCGGGCUGGUGCCAGCCCUGGCCAAUUGUUCCAGCCUUGGUCACUUCCGCUUCCCAUUAAGGUUUCAGCCUACACCCUAUCCAGCUUCCCUGUGCACUUCAAUGUUGCAUGCAGCGCCGAUUCUGGACCGCCGCGGUUCUGGCAUGGUGCCGCUUGUAGCCUCACUAUUCUGCGAGUGGGCUCGCUUGUCGCAGGUUGGCCACACCGUUAUUAUUACUGGUUUGCCCCGCGCAACUGCGAGGCACUUGCGCGCGCCUGGGGUCACAAUCGGAAGCAAAUACUUUCACCACCUGGCGAAGGGCCCAAACCUCUGCAGCUCCGUGCAGCGCAGGGCGACUUUGCGCUUCAUAACCGCCGCGCCUGCCCGAAUGCGACUCAGCAUUCUGCGAUGA